CUGGACUUGAGCCUGUCAACAACUUGGAGCUGCAGGAACCAUCCCUUGAACGAACCACGCCAGGGCCGCUUCGAGACGGCGGCCAUCCAACAAAACAGAGCACAGAACCCAAUACUUUCAACAUGAACGGGACAUGAUUAGUGUGUCUUGAAGGCAACUUGGUCCACCAUGUCGCUCGUUCCAUAUCGCCGUCGAGAGCAGCUCGACAUUGUGCUCCGACAUGCCAACGCCAUUGUCUUCCGCGACCCGUCCUCACAGCAGCUCGAGAUCCAGGAUCUACAGCACCUCAACGAGUGUCCCACCUGCCACCAGCCGUUGCCCUCGUCUUCGAGCGACAGACACUACGACAACACCGACCAUGACGAAAGCUACCACCACCCCGACUACUUCCGCAUGCUGGCUGCUAGUCAUGCCGCCCACAAUGAGUCCCACACCCGCCCGCCGCCCAGCCCCAUUCGCCGACUCGUUCAGCCGGUGAGAGCCGGAGAUGAGGACGACAGAGCCGACGCCGAAUUUGCGAGCGGUUCGGCUGCACCUUCGAGAGGAGCGCGCAUAAAACCGGAGGCCUUCAGCCCGAACUACCUCCGAGACUACUUCAUCGUCGAGCGAGAGCUUGGGAGAGGGGGCAAGGGCGUGGUGCUAUUGCUGAGGCAUCGGCUCGGUGACUGCAAGCUGGGCCAGUUUGCCUGCAAGCGCGUCCCCGUCGGCGAUGACCCUGCAUGGUUAGAGAAGGUGCUCGUCGAGGUUCAGCUGCUGGCGAAGCUGUCGCAUCACAACUUGGUCUCGUAUCGCUACGCCUGGCUGGAAGAGGCUCAGCUCACCCGCUUCGGCCCCAGCGUUGCCUGCCUUUUCAUCCUCCAGCAGUACUGCAACGGCGGCGACCUCCUUCACUACGUCAUUGGCGAGAUGCCGACGGAAGCAACGAAGGAGCAGCUCAAGGCUCAGAUGCGGCGCAGAUCCAAGGGGCAGACCGAGCGGCCCAAGAUCCAGAAGCGACUGGCCCCUGACGAGAUCUACUCUCUCUUCAAGGAUAUCACGUCUGGCCUGGUAUACUUGCAUGGGGAGAACUACAUCCAUCGGGACCUGAAGCCAAGCAACUGUCUCCUGCACCACGACCGCAACAAGCUGAGGUGUCUCAUAAGCGAUUUCGGUGAAGUGCAGCAAGAGGAUGCCGUUCGUAAGUCGACAGGAUCGACUGGAACCAUCUCAUACUGCGCGCCAGAGGUCUUGAAGCAGGACGCAAGCGGCAGGUACGGCAAUUUCACCACGAAGUCGGAUAUCUUUUCGCUCGGCUUGAUUCUGUACUUUAUGUGCUUUGGCCGUCUUCCGUAUGUCAACGCCAACAUCGUCCGCGAGGAGUUAGAGGACGUCGAUGAGCUGCGCGCCGAGAUUUCCGACUGGAAAGGCUUUCAGGACGAGAGGAGAGAGCGGCCGGACCUGCCAUCCGAGCUCUACGGGCUUCUCAAGCGACUCCUUGCCGUCAAUCCUUCCGAGCGACCUACCGCGAAGGAAGUGCUGGCGGCCAUGGGAGCGGAUUCCAGCUUGGACGGGAUGAUGAGAGCUGCUGCUAAAGCCGGCAGCCCUUUUCUCGGUCUGUCUGGCCAGAGAAUCCAGAAUCUGGACUCGCCUAUGCCUCCCAGCACGCCAGUUGCAGAGCCUACAAAGCAUGCCCGCGCAAACAGUUCUCCAGAAGACGACCUCGCCAGGCCCUUCAACCACACCGCCGCCGAGACGAGCGCGAACCCUUCCAGCAGCACCAUCCUUACCAAACGCAUCAGCCCGCCGCUCGCCAGCUCCCACGCGAUGACCCUCUCCCGCAGCCACCGGGGCAGCGGCAGCGGCAGCCACAGCCACAGCCCAGGCCGUGCGACCUCGCGCUCGCCCCAGCGCAGCCCUCACACCCAUCAAGCCUCUUCCGCCACCGCCGACGGCCCCGCGAUCGUCACCACGCCGUUGCUCAUGGCCCCACCCAUGUCGCCGCUGCAGCGAGCUAGGCGGGCCGCAGCGCUGGCGUGGUAUCGCGCACCGGAGUGGGUGGCCGCACAUGCGGGGCUGCUGAGGACGGCGCUGUUCACGCUGAAGGUGCUGUCGCUAUCGUGGGUGUGCUGGCCGUAUAGUGCGAAGUGGGAGAUCAUGGCGGGCCUGGUCGGCUUGGCGGUGGGGGAUUUGCAGUUUGAUGGUGGGGGGUGGCAUGGACAUCCAUAUGAGAGAGAGAUGAGAGGAGCUGUUGCCGUCCAGGAGCGCCGCUGGUCGGCUGGGGAUUGGCGGAGGAGUGCGGUGUUGGCGGUGUUGCAUUGCGUGGUCCUGGGGGUCACGGCCCGUUUUGGCGUGCUGUGUGCUGGCCAGGGGUGGAGGGCGUGGGAUGAAUGGUGAUGCGCGCUGGAAUGACGGCCAGCCGAUGACGCUCGGGGACGGCGGUAGGCAAGCGAGACACGGCCGACGGCUAGAGGUGAGUUCAUCCGACCGUGAGCGGCAAGCAUCGUUACUGGAGCAUCCAUUACGCCACGCUCCAUCACAUCACAUCGACUCAUGGAGGGCGGCU